AUGUCCUCCGACGCCCAUCAUAGACCAAGAAGUCGGUAUAGAGAUAGAGAUAUCGAAAAGACCUCCCUCAUCUCAGACGGCUUCUCAUCAUCCGAGUCUGAUAUCCCCCUUCCAUCAAUAUACAAAUCCAAACCAAAGCGCAGAUACUGGACCCAGAAACAUGCCAGCGGAUUGGGUAAUCUACUCGCGCUCUUUGGCCUGAUUUAUGUCUUUAGCCAACUUGGUUCUGGUUUGGGUUUCGAUUUCCCUUUCCCCAAACCGUCUCCUGCACCAUUACCAGAAUACAUCAAAGAUGGUAUAGCUCAGUGCGAGAUCAUUCAAAGACCAACACCUCAUUUCAAACCCUCCAACCAUAAACGAUCUCAUAAUGAUAGAUACGUAGAAGGGACUAAGAGCGUGUGGUUGAAGAAUGGGACGUUAUGGACGGGUGAGAAGCGCGGUACGGAGAUUCUACAUGGAGUGGAUGUCUUAUUGGAGGAUGGGUUGAUAAAGAGGAUUGGGAAGGGGAAAGAUCUUCAAGAGUGGACGAAGGGUAAGAAGGCUGAGGAGGUCGAGCUGGGUGGGGCGUGGGUUACACCAGGUAACAUUGUUGAUGCCCAUAGCCACUUGGCUGUGGACUCUGCUCCUUCUCUAUUCGGUGGGGACGACACCAAUUCGAUCAAAGCGAGCGUUCAGCCAUGGUUGAGAUCGCUCGACGGAUUCAACACUCAUGAUUUGGCUUUCAACCUUUCCAUCGCGGGAGGUAUUACGACCAUGUUGGUACUUCCUGGGUCUGCGGAUUCGAUUGGUGGACAAGCUUUCCCAUUCAAGCCCCGUUGGACACACGAGAAUACCCCUCAAUCCAUGCUCGUCGAGCCAGCCUGGAAGAUCGAUAACGGUACCUGGGCUCGUACUCACGCAUGGAGACAUAUCAAACAUGCGUGUGGUGAAAACCCAAAGCGGGUUUACGGUCAGACCAGAAUGGACAACGCUUACGACUUCCGACGAGCUUAUACCGAAGGUAGGACUCUCAAGGAGAAACAAGAUCGAUGGUGUGCCUCACCCAAGACCCAAACCGAGCCCUUCCCCCAAUCACUCGAGUGGGAAGUUCUUUCGGAUGUCAUCAGGGGCAAUGUCAAAGUAAACAUCCACUGCUACGAAACCACCGACCUAAACGGUUUAGUCAGGAUCUCAAACGAAUUCCAAUUCCCUAUUGCUGCCUUCCACCACGCUCACGAAACAUACCUUGUACCCGACCUGCUCAAACAGGCUUGGGGUCCCGAACCUCCAGCCGUAGCUAUCUUCUCUACCAACGCGCGAUACAAGCGAGAAGCGUACAGAGGGAGCGAGUUCGCAGCUAAGAUCUUAGCUGAUCAAGGAUUGAAGGUAAUCAUGAAAUCUGAUCAUCCAGUAUUAGAUUCGAGGUAUCUCUUGACUGAGGCAAGUUGGGUACAUCAUUAUGGAUUAAAUUACUCUGAAUCGUUAAGCUCGAUUACGACUAGCCCUGCUAAAGCUAUGGGACUAGAUCACCGAAUUGGAUAUCUCAGAGAAGGGUAUGAUGCAGAUGUGGUAGUAUGGGAUUCAUUCCCUCUCGUACUGGGUGCAACACCCAAACAAACUUAUAUUGACGGUAUACCCCAAAUCAUCUCGCCUGUACUACAUGAAAAACCCGCCGAAGCGCAGGAAAUACCUAAACAGGAAAAGGGCAAAUGGGAUAAAGAGAUUCAAGAGGCUUUGAACACUCGAGGAGACCCUGAUCUUAGACCGAAGAAAUCUGUCAAGAAUGUCAUUUAUCAAGGUGUAGGCGAGUUCCACCUUUCACCUCAAGAGCUAUCGCUACUUCAUGAAGAUCAAGUAGACAUUAGUGUGUUUGAGAACAAUGCUGGUGGAGUGGUGAUUGUGAAAGACGGUGAGAUCACUUGUGCUGGUGAUUGCAAGGUGGAAGAUGAGUUGAAGGGUGGAUUGGACUUUGAAGUCGUUGAUCUGAAAGGUGGGGCAAUCACACCUGGAUAUAUCACUGUGGGAAGUUAUGUGGGUAUAUUGGAAAUUAGGCAGGAGAAGGUCACAGGUGAUGGCAGCGCCAUGGACCCCUUGUCCGAAGAAUCAGAAAUCACCAACGGGAUCAUCGCUCAUGCCGUUGAUGGUGCGCAAUUCGGCGGUAAAGAUGAACUACUAGCCUAUCGAUCUGGUGUGACCACCGCCGUUGUAUCACCUAAGACAUCCUCUUGGAUUUCAGGAUACGGAUACGCCUUCUCACCUGAAUCCGAACAUUCCUUGGUUCCUGGUUCGAUCCAAAAUCCAUUAACAGCUUUACACAUCAGUUUGGAUAACUCCAAGUCAUCCGUGUCAACCAAGAUCGCCAUCUUAAGAAAAUUAUUGAGUGGAUCGUCAAAGAAAGUAGAGGAAGAAGAUGAAGAGACGGAAUUGGCACAUGCCUUCGAGAAAGUUCGAAAAGGAGGAUUGAGAUUGGUUAUUAGGACGGAUAAGGCGGAUAUCAUCGCUUCGAUCAUCAGGUUGAAGAAGGAGGUAGCGAAGGAGGCAAAGAUUACGAUCUUAGGUGGACAGGAAUCUUGGAUUGUCGCGGACGAACUUGCCGAGAACGAUAUCGGAGUGAUCGUCGCUCCCGUACGAUCAUACCCCGGUGAAUGGGAUUCAAGGAGGAUCAUACCUUCUAUCCCACUAUCGAAUCAUACCUUACCUUCGUAUUUGGUUUCUCAUGGUGUCACCGUCGGACUGGGUAUUCAAGAGGAAUGGCAAGCUCGAAACACCCUAUACGAAGCUGCUUGGGUGUACGCUACCUCCCCCACGGGAGUGUUCACAAAGAGACAAGCUCUUGACCUCGUAGGCAAGAACUUAGAACAAUUACUUGGUUUGUCCACUGGUAUCAAGAGCUGGGUGGCUCAUGAAGGUGAUCCAUUCGAGUUUGGAGGGAGAGUAAGGAGCGUUAAAGGCUUGAGUGGGGAAGCGAAGAUUGAUCUAUUUUAG